GUGUCGCGCGCGUGGAGUAAAUGCGAGGAGAGAGUCACGCGCCGAGCCCCGCGGCCCCGGUCUGAGGCGCGCGGUGUGGAAGAUGACGGAGCUCCGCCCCGAGCUGCACGCGGCGGCUGCGGCGGCGUUGGGGGUGAGCGCGGCCACGGCGAGGAAGCAGCGGCUGAUGGGCGCCGAGGAGCGCGCGCCGCCGCCGCUCGUGCACUGCUUCGUGUGCGGCAGCGGCGUGACGCCGGGCAAGGAGCUGCGGCUGCCGGUGAGCGCGCGAGGCCGGGAGGGCGGCCCGUGCUUCCCGUUCCUGCAGGGGCAGGAGCCCGCGCCCGGCGCGCGAGACGUGGGACCCGACGGGCACGCGCUGGCGUGCGCCGUAUGCCACUGCUUCUUGCGCGAGCAGUGGAACGCGUUCGAGCGCACGCGCACGCCGCUGGACAAGCGCGUGUACUGGCUUAAGAGACCACACCAAUGCGACUCGAGGCGGCUCUCGAGAGACUGGGGAGCCGCACGCGACCCGGACGCUGCCGGGGGGCUGGGGGGCGGUGACGGAUCCGAGUCCUCGUCGCUGUCCGAAAGCGAGAAUGAGCAGGACCUGGAGGACGGCGUGUGUAGCGUAAGUGCCAGAGCGCACGCGAGCAUGGACGGCGUUGGAAAGUUCGGCCCGAGAAACCGUUCCGGGACCGUUUUGAUGAACCACGACGGGCACGCCUCGCACAGCACCGGCACCAGCAGCAGUGUCAACAGCAUCAGCAAGCAGCUCCUCUUUGACGCGGACGUCGAUGACGCAACCGUGGCAUCUUCUGGCAGGGUGGUGGCAGCUGACAUCAUCAGCACGGAGGUCAGCAUGGCAAGCGAAGAGGAGGAACACAGGGGAGGGCGGGGCCACAGGUGCUCCUGCUACGUGUGUGGCAGGAGGCUUCCCCCAGGUGCCCGCUUUGAGGUGAGCGUGCAGAAGCAGGAGCGCGCCACAGGUGAGCCGUUCUUUCCCUUCCUGUGGCUUCACACCCCUCCGCCUGGUGCGAUGCCCCUCAGCCCCCGGGGGCGUACCUUAGUCUGUGCCAGCUGCCACUCCUCACUCUUGCAACAGUGGCAGGCCUUUGAGUUGGCAGAUGUACCUGUUUUGCAGCGGCUUUACGUGGUGCCAUUGGAUACAGGCAAUGCCGACCCCCUCUCGCCCACGUUGGGCACUGUGGAUGGAGCCGGGUCGGAAAGAAACAUAUCUAAGAUCCGUCCUGUUGCUCACCCUAUUGUACCUAUGACCCCUCCACGCCCCACGAGAGAGGCCUGCUACCUGUGUGGGCGGGACUGUGGACGGGACAUCCGAGUGGCCUAUGCCCGUGCUGGAGUGGGCAAGGCUCGUGGUGCCAUGUACUUCCCCUUCAUCAACAUGCUUCCAUGCCCGCCGGAUGCACAGGGCAUUCGUGACGGCCAGGUGCACUGUUGCACCACCUGUCACUCAAUCCUGGAGGACAUCUGGGCGGCAUACCGUCUGUGCCUCAGCGAGGAGCUUAUCACGUCAGUCAGCACCUUUCUUGGGAGAUACCACCAGGCCACUGGUGGAGGAGGUGUUCAGGCCAGUCCUGGAGGUUCUGUUCGAAUUACUGCAGCGACGACAGCAGGACAUACCUCUAUCUGCUACCUGUGUGGAGCAGAGCUUUCACCACAUACGGAGUACCAGCUUCGGGUCAACCCUCCAGGUCGAUGUGCAGAUAGGGAGCCUUUCUUUCCCUUCUUAACAGUGCAUCCACCAGCCCCUCGUGCCCGCCCCGCCGAUGCCACAGGCCUGGUGUCAGCCUGCGCCCUCUGCUACCAUGACUUGCUGGGGCAAUGGGCCCAGCAUGAGGGCUCAGGACCAGGGCAGGGUCCAUCCAGCAGCCCCUGGUCACGUCAGUACAGCUGCGACUCCUUCGUCUGCUUCUUCUGUCGGCGGGAGAAGAGGAGGCCGCUGGGCCUAAGGGCAGUCACUGUGGCCCGGCUGCCCGUCUUCCUGUACGCCCCAAGAGUCGGUCGCACACUUGUGGUGGAUGAUGGCAAGCAGCUGACUAUCGGCUCCUGUGGGGAAUGUAAGGCUAUGGUGUUGGCUGGCCAAAACUUGAAGCAGGAUGGUGGGGUGGACCGAGGAGUGGCAGCAGGCAAACAGAAGAGUUCCACCGUGGAGGUAUUUGCUGGGAGCAAAAAGGAGGAGGAUGUUGGACAACGGACUGGAGCGUUAAAGGAGGUUUCCAGGCACGACCACGGCCAGUCUGCAAAAGUGGCGGUCAUCUCCACCUCGUCUCAGUCCUGCACUGAGCAAGAAGAUCAGUCACCAAGCAGCAUGAGCCAUGAGCCAAAGUCACCAUCGCUAGGCAUGAUCUCGACGGCGACUCGCAACACGGCGACGGUCAGUCCCCUCACCCCGUCGCCCCUUAACGGCUCAAUCGUGCCCAAUGGCAGCCCGGCAGCACAGUCUACGCACUCUGGAUUCGCUGCUGCCCUCCGCAAGCUGGCCAAACAGGCUGAGGAGCCCAGAGCAGGUUCCUCAAUCAGCAGUGAAUCAUCCCCAGUCUCCUCUCCAGCCACUAACCACAGUUCUCCAGUAAGCACGCCCAAGCGGGGCCCUCUGGGUCCAGUGAUAGUGCCACCUGGAGGCCACAGUGUGCCAAGCACCCCACCUGUGGUCACCAUCGCCCCCACCAAAACAGUCAACGGGCUGUGGAGGAGCGAGAGCCGACCUGUUCGAGAGUCAGAUUCAGGCUCUCGUGGGGUCAGCAGGGACCGGUUAGGGCCUGAGCCAGUUCCGGCUCAGGAGAAAGGAGGUCCCUCAGUUCCAGCCCACCUGAUAGGAAACCCGUACGCAUUUGGACUGCCCCCAGGAUCCGUGAUGCAGGACUCACGUUUUCAGCCACUGAAUCUUCCCAGGCAGAUGCCUCAUGCAGUGCCCCCUGCUGGUGUGCCUGAGGAAUACCUACGGGGAUUCCGGCCCUAUGCCACAGCAGAUGAGCUGCGAAUGCCCUCCCUUCCACUGGGCCUGGACCCCGCAACUGCUGCAGCUGCUGCUGCGUACUACCACCCUGGAUACCUGCCACACCCUUCCUUCUCCCCCUACAGGAUGGAUGACCCCUUCUGUCUAUCGGCUCUGAGGUCUCCGUUUUACCCCUUGCCUGCAGGAGGCGGUCUGCCUCCACUUCAUCCUUCUGCUGUGCAUAUGCACAUCCCAGGAGUCCGUUACCCCGGCGACCUUAGCCAUGCCUCGCUGUCCAGUCUGCAGUCUGAAAGGCUCCAGAUGGAGGACGAGCUCCGCCAAAGAGAGAGGGAGCGAGAAAGGGAACGGGAGCGAGAAAAGGAACGGGAGCGGGAGGCUGAGCGAGAGAAGGAGCGCGAGAGGGAGAGGGAGCGAGAAAGAGAGAGGGAGAAAGAGCUUGAGCGAGAGAGGGAGAGAGAGAGGGAACGGGAGAGGGAGAGAGAGAGAGAGCGGGAGAGAGAGAGGGAGCUGGAGAGACAGAAGGAGCGAGCAGCUCGUGAGAAGGAACUCCAAGUGUCCAAGGCCAUGGAGGGUCACUACCUGGCUGAGCUGCAUGCACUGAGGAGCCAGGCUGAGGAGAGAGUUAAGCCUGGAGAGAGACUGACCCCCAACAGAGCUGAUAAAACCAAAGAGCCCACCCUUGCUGCUCCAAAACCAAUCCAGCCUAACCUCCACCCUUCGCUAAGCUCCGCCCACCAUCCAGUGCCCACUCACGGCAUGUACCUCGUUCCUGGAGGCACUGGCCCUGGUCCUCUGACACCCGCCAUGGCACUUCAGCGCGCCAAUGAGGAGGAACGGUGGCAGGCACGGCAGAGGAAGCUACGGCAAGAGAAAGAAGACAGACAGUACCAGGUGUCAGAGUUCCGGCAGCAGGUACUAGAGAAGCAUCUAGACAUCGGAAGACCAGGCGAGGCAAACGAGUUACGGACAGAGGGACACAGGCCUCUGUCACACCAUCUUGAACCCAGCAGCAGAGACCGAGAGCGAGACAUCCACCCACAUCUUGGAGCCCCACCCCCUCUCAUCUCCCCCAAACCCCAGCACAGAGACCAUGUCCCUCCCCCACCCACCACCCUCUGGAAUCCCGCGUCACUCAUCGAAACCUCCUCUGACUCGCGGCGCUCUCUCCACGACCCUCCAGGCCUUGGCCACUAUGACCUCAGCCGACUCCAUCCACCUCCAACCAAACCUGAGAGGCACUAUAUCUCUGAUAAGCCCGACGAUGGGUCUCGUAGAAAGGACGUGCUGGAUAAGUACCCACCCAUCCGUCCCACAGGCUUUUCUGAACCCAGCACCUUCCUAGCCGAGCUGGAGAAGUCCACUCAGACCUUCCUGAACCAGCAAAGGGCAACCCUGAGCCUCAGCAGCCAGUAUGGAGACCUCAACAGCAGCUUGAAAAGCAGUGGGGCUCAUAAGGGCCUCCAGAUGCCACCACGGCCGAGCCCAGAGUCCGUGCUGGUGUAUGAUGAGUUCCUUCAGCAGCAUCGGCGGCCCGUCAGCAAACUGGACCUGGAGGAGAAGAGGAGGAGAGAGGCCAGAGAGAAAGGUUAUUACUAUGAGCUGGACGAGUCCUAUGAUGAGAGUGAUGAAGAGGAGGUGAGAGCUCAUCUGAGGAGAGUAGCCGAGCAGCCUCCACUCAAACUGGACGACUCCACAGAGAAGGUGGAGUUUUUGAGGAUGUUUGGUCUGACCACUGUGUCACGGCGAGAUGACCUGUUGGAGCAGAAGAGGAGAAAAAGGAGGAGGAUGCUGAGGGAACGAAGCCCCACUCCUCCAGCCAUAGCAAACAAGCGGCCAACUCCGCCAGCUGCCCUCAGCACCCGCUUCACACCCGAGGAGAUGGACAACAGCCCAGAGCUGGAGGACAAAAAACGGUUCCUCACCAUGUUCAGCCUCAAUCAUCUCACCAUGCAGCAGAGGAAAGAAAAUGAAAGAAUGGUGGAGUUACUGCAAGCCAUUAAACUGAAGAGUGUGACUUUAGACAAUAUCAGGCAUAACCCCAACCCACUGUGCAAGAGCCCCUCAGCCCAUCACUCUGAUUCAUCUUCGUCGCCAUCUCCUGGCCGAACCAGCGAUCCAGUCAGUGCCAGGCCCCCCAGUCCCCCAGCCAUUGGGCAUUCGCUUCCAGCUGACCCCUCUACAACUCCAGACCAUCUCAGGCCUCUCCCUGAUCCACUCAGAGCCAAGGAGCCUCCCCUGCCUCUUUCUUACCCAGACAAAGGCAGAGGUAACGAAACAGCCCCUGGCAAGAAGCCCUCGAGCCUGCUGAACAGCAUGCGGCCGCCUCUGCACCCCAAAGACGGCUCGGGCAGUCUGAACGGCAGGACUAAGCCAUGGGAGAGCUUCACUGCGGAGGAGUUCGCUCAGCAGUUCCACGAGUCAGUGCUGCAGUCUACUCAAAAAGCCCUGCAGAAGCACAAAGGUGGCUCCUCAGCCAUCUCUGAGCCAAACCACACAGUGGACUCCUUAGUGCACUACAACAUUCCGGAGCUCCAGAGCGGUCCAGGUCGUACCACACAUCCUCACAUACACUCUGCACAACAGCCCAAUGGCCAGCACUGCCCACCCGGACCCCGCCGUGACGGGACAACGCUGACCACAAGGCCCGAGCUAUCUGCUGAGGAGGACUCGGAAGAAGGAGAAGAUGAGGAAGAGGAGGAGGAAGAAGAGGCUCCAGGGUCAAGGUGGCAUGGGAUUGAGGCUAUCUUUGAAGCUUAUCAGGAAUAUGCUGAGGAGCAAAGUAUUGAGCGUGAGGUGUUGCACACUCAGUGCAGGAGGCUUGAGGCCCAACACUUCAACCUCAGCCUGACUGCUGAACAGCUCUCUCUCUCUAUGGGGGAGCUGAUGGCUCAGAAGCAGAAGCUAGCAACCGAAAGGGAGAAGCUACAGGCCGAACUGGAGCACUUCAAGAAGUGCCUGACCCUACCACAAUCUCCCUGGUCCAGGGCUCACUUCAAGGGCUAUCCUCCCAGGUGACAUCUCCACUGCGCCAGCCAACCCUUCCCGAACCCCCCAUUCCCCUAGAAAGCCCGGACUCCAUCCCCUUUGGGUCCUCCAUCGUGAGAGCAGAACCUGCUGCCCACUGUCCUUGGAGACAGGUGAAGAGAUGGUGCACUGUGGUCACACUGAGAAGGAUAAAUGCUGAUUGAUAUAUAUAUUUUUUUUUUAUAAAAAAGGCCAAGCUCCAAAUUGUGCCAUGAGCAAAAGACUGAUGCCACCCACCAACAUCCAUCCCCUCCAGGUUGGAUUGUCUUUCAGCACCAUCAGUAAACAACUACACACACAGACUACAAGGUACAUAGCAGUAGGCAAAGCCCACCUGUCACAAAGUCAAAGCAGAGUUAAAGCUUUAGACACAGCCCAGAUGCUAUGAGCAAACUGAAUGGUCCUAAUGAAGGGGACCUAAAUAUACAAUAUCAACUCCCAAACCGUUUCUAUCAGCAUAUGGCAGCCACCAAAUCCUUCACCAUCUCACCUGGAGGUCCAAGGAGCUUUCAACUGGAAAUGCACUUAAAAAGACAAAGAAAAAGCAGAAGAACUACCUGGAGGUACUGUGUUCUAACAAGGAACUCCUUUCAAACUAGGGAAGAACUUAAUAAUAAUAAAAAAAAAAAUGCACAUUUUGUGAAAAAAAAAUGGAAAAAUGUUUUAUUCAAGAUAGAUGAUUGAGAAUAAAGUUUUUAAAGAGGUGCUUCAGCCUUGUAUUGUAAAUAUCCAAACAAAACGAAAAAAGAAUUUUGUAUGUUUUUAUUACUUAAAUACAGUAAUUGUUAUUUGACAAAAAAAAGCCUGCCAUUUUUUUUAUAUGCUUGUGCUUUUAAAAUAGGGCGUAAAGCUGAAGCCUUGCUUUUAGUGUUUGUAUUGCUGCUGGUCAGGAUAAAGAAGGAAGUACAGGCCCUAUGCCCUCCUCCUGUGUGAAUGUGUGUGUGUAUGGAUGUAUGUAUGUACGUUCAUUAUGUCACAGUAGCAUCAAUGAAAAAGCUAGAUCCACCCUACUCCAACACCACCACUCACAGACUCUUAGAACCAUGUCUGACCUUCUGAACUGAGCUUUUCUCUUAUUUUAAGCCAACAAACAUGAACAUCUCUGGCAGAUUACCAUUAUUUUCCCCCAACAGUUACAUGUAUUAUAUUCGAUUCAAGCAAAUUAUAAGCUACUGAAGCACAUAUGCUACCAUUCAAAUGUCUGGAAAAACAAAAGUCAAUAUUAUUGCCAUUUUUUUGUACCAACUAUACAGAUACAUGGUUCUGUUAUAAUGCUACCACCCUACAAUUUAGAUAUGGCAGUUUCCACUUGUUAUAUAUUGUAUUUAAAUGCAGAGAGUUUACUUUAAAUGCAUACAGGAAAUGAAUAAAAAACAGUAACCUACGCAGUCUUCCUAGCUAUACGCAACUAGAAUUAAAUCACAUAAUUUGAAGUUCACACAGAUAAAGUUUGCUGCAGAUCAUUUCAAUAUAACUGAAACACGAGUAGACAUUGAGAAGUAAUAAACAUCACAAAAAUUUAGAAUUUAAAAGAAUUAACUGAGUGUAACAAAACAACAUUGUUUAAAAAUGUAUUAUUUUGAAUUAUUGUCUUUUCAUAUCUGAAAUUAUGAUAAACAACUGCUGGAUUCACAAUUUGUCAGUCUUUCCUUUUUUUUGGCAAAUUAUAUCUUGACAGUAAGUGUGUAUAGUGGGUAGCACUGUGCCAUGGACAAGAAAUGCAUAACAUGAUUUAAAUGUCACUCUAAUGUAAUAGUUACUGAGGAAAAUUUAAACACUGAAUAAAAACACUUGGUGACUUGUUUAUAUUUAUACUGUCUCUGCACCAUGAUUAGUGGCUCUAAACUUUUGAAUGCAGAGAAACACAUCUGAUGAGAUCUCAGUGAGUGCCAAAGGUACCCACCCAACCACAGAUACAAGAAAAUGUUAUGCCAAAUGUUUAAUAGUGCUUAUCUAAAAUCUAAAUAUUAAACUAAAGUGUCAAAUAUUAAAUAAAUAAAUAAAACUUUAAAAAUAUAAUUUUGCCAACAUUUCUCUCCUUUCCAAUACUGGUAAUCUAGAGUCAGCAAUCACCUUGACUCUUUUAAAUCCAGUCCACUCAAUAUUUAUGCCUCCCCCUUCAGUUUCAGGUGUUUGAAUGCUUCCUGAACUAGUGUGUCUAUCAUCUCCUCUCAGAAGGUCUAUAUAUACACACACGUCUGUUUCGCCUUGCCCAGUGAAUGCCAUCUGAAGCAUUUGUCCCGUCAGCAUUAGGCCAAAAAUGUCAGCAGCGUCUUUAAUAUAUCCACAGACUGGCAGUUUACAGUUAAAGCAUUACUCAAAUUCAGCCCAGGCCUGCAUGAUAUUCUACUUGAUUAUAAAGGCUGUGCUUUAUAACUGGACCCCUCAACCCAUCCCUGGGUUUGUGUCACUCGCGUGCUCAGAGGCCCGCAGGAUGGGCAGGUUUCAAAGGUGGUUCCAUGUUUACAAACCCAAGGCUGGCCCUAAAGAACGUGUGUAUGUGUAUGUGUAUGUAUGUGUGUAUGUAUGUGUGUGUGUGUGUGUGUCUGCUUCAGCGAGCACUACCACUGCCUGUCCAAGAGCAGGGAACCGCCCUCUCUCCCUCGCCCAACUCUCACGCACGCACACGCAAUAGCCCCCGAAUUCAAUGGAGGAUGUCUAGAUGCUGUGAAAUCAUGUUUUUAAGAAAAACGUACUUGUUUGAAUUCAAUGUAAUGUAAUAUAUUCUUUGUUGAAUGUAGUAAUUAGGUAUUUAUGAAUAUAUUGCUGUAAUUUCAGACAAAAAAAAUAAAAUAUUUCAAAAAUGAA